AUGCCAUCCUCCCCAAGAACACCCACCCGACGGCGCAGGUCAUCUACCCGGAGCCUCGACCCGAACCCUGCACCUCCCACACCGCAGAACCGUGGCUUCCAUUCUCGGCAGACAUCUCUGAAUAGGUGGAGCUCUCAAACAUCAGUACUUUUGCUGACGUCGUUACCAUCCUUGCAUCGUGUAGAUGACUGUUCCAGCAACAAUAGCGAAGAUGCCUCUGCAGAAGUUGCUGAGCCGAUCGAGGGCAGUAACGGCCUUGGAACCCUGGCCGACGAAUUAGCAGAAGCUUUCGACGAGGAAGUCGAAGGUGAUGGCAUGCACUCACACCCAGAUGAGAUGGCGGGAAAAGAGAAUGUGUUGUUAAGGCACAGUAAAACCGACAGCAGCAAUGAGGGAGCUCCACACUCGUCCCACAGCCUGCAUGCAUCAAGCUCGCCGAACCGGGCCCACAAGGCAAAAUCUAAUAAACCAAAUUCUCAAGAUGAAGGCCUUGAAUUCUCGGAGGACUCCGAUUGCAAUGGUAAUCACAACCCGUCUGAGCUAGACUCACAAAUUCGCCAGAUUGAGCGGUUAGCGGCGCAAAGUACAGAAGACUGUAGUUGCGAGGCAGAAUCUACUGUGCAGAGGACAGCAAGACUUCUUCGAGAUCUACCUCCACAGUCGGGAAUUGAAAAUGGCGCCUCUCGCUCGAUCACCGCACACAUCGCGCUCACAUCACACAUGACCAACCAAGCGCGUACCCUUCAAUCCCUUUCUCACCCUCUCAUGUCUCCUCUAGCAAUGCCACCCGAACCCGACACCAUCGACAACCUUAUUCCCCUCCUGGCUACCCUCCUCGCCUCGCUACCGACACCCUCGAAACAAUGCCUCUCCUCACUACACAGCCUUCGCUCUUCGACCAUAGACCUCCAAAGUACCCUCACCAGCAUCUCAGACUCUAUACACAUGAUACGCCAGCAAAUGACACCCGCGAGUAGAAAGCUGCGAUCUGUCAUAGACCUGGUUAUAGAGAUACGAAAAGAGGCAGAGGCAAGGGAGGAGGCCAUCAGGUGGAUCGAAAGAGGGUGUUGGGAACGCAGACUGGCGGAAAGAGAAUGCAAGAGGGUAUGCGGCGAAGUCAUCGGGGCUUUCGAGGAUGAUCUGCGACAUCAGAGGCAGAUGCUUGUUGCUGCACUAGGUGCUGCAUGA